AUGGACGAUUCGGAAUCGGAGAGCAGCGGAUCAGGGGCUUCAGGGAUGCCAGAGAUCACCUGGGAGUCGGGGAAGCCGACUUUGGUGAGUUGGCCUCGUUGAUUCAGAACGCACUGCACUGAGCCAGCUUGGUUCAGGCAAGGGGUAAGAGGGUAAGGUUCUGAUCGUUGACGAGUGCAAUCGACCUGUGCAGAGAGCCCAUGGACGUUACCUCACCUUCCGUGAACCAACAACUUUCGGCGACGUGGACUUUUCCGAGACCAUGCCAGGUUCUGCCAUCCUCACUCGCGAGGCCUAUGAGGCCGAUUGCGCCGACGCGAUCGACGCCAACAAGAGCUCACACCACGUACAGCAAGCGACGCCCCGAGAUUGGUCACGGGUCGCGGUAGUAGGUGAUAUCAUGGUCAGGCGUCAGCAACUCUUUGGGGUGGCGACAAAGAAGCGCUCCACGAACGAUUUGUGGGGUACAUCCGUGCGCUCGCCUCCAACCCGAUCCGCUUGCACGCCCUCGGCUUUAUCCUCGUCGAAUCGACCCUCGUCAUCUUUCUUUGCACCCCUAGCGAUCUACUGUUCAGCCCCGAUAUCGUAUGCACGGAAGCGAAUGGUUACCUCUCGACGUUCUUCGCCCGACUGCUCAACCUGACGGACUCGGAGCUUGGCAUCGUCGCGAGCCUGUCUGCUUACCCGUUCGCCUUUGCCGCGUUGCCUCCACGGGUGCCUCGAUAUCGCGAGCAUUUGGUGUCAGUCCCCACGUUCAGUCACGUCGAGGUUGUGGAACAGCUCUGCCGGAGCACCUUUGUGGAUGGACGGUGCACGUCGGCCUAUCGAGUCAGGGCGACUCGAGACGGCGGCGAGACGGAAGCGUCAACGUCUACCCAGGAAUAUGCCAUGACGGUUUCUUUCGUAGCUGAGCCUCGAAGCGAUGAACACGACCGCAUCCGCCUCGCCAUCGCUACAGCUUCACCCGAAGAGCGCGAAGGAUUGACCAACAUCGUCGAUGUGUACCGCGAGAGCGAGUUCACCGUCGUGCCCAAGUUUCUCGGAGACGGCGACGGCUUACCCCGUCGAUUCACGCCAAGGGCCUUGGAAGUCGCCUUUCAUGAGCAAUGCUUUGAUCCAAUCUGGGUCAUCGAUUCGACCGUCUCCCUUGCUCGAGUCAUACUGGGCGUAGCCAAAGGUGAAUGUCAGGCCUUGGCUAUGAAUGGGGCGUGCCAGCGCCAUGUUCUCACGAGCCCCUGUCUUGUCUUCAGGUCUGCGUAAUCUUUACCGGAUGCACAUCCUGCAUCGUGACGUCUCGGCCGGGAACAUUAUGGUCGCUAAAGAUGGGCAAGGUGUGCUCAUCGAUUACGACCUGGCCGUUUCCAUCAAGGAUGACGAUCGAGCCUCGGCGAGCGAGCGAAGCCGCCUCGUGGUAUGUCGUGACCGCACGACACAGUCACCGUUCGCCUAAUCGAUGCGUGAGCUGACAAGACCCAGUUGCUCGUUCUUAUAGGGCAAUUUUCACUUCAUAGCUCGCCAAAGGUUCCCAGCCCGUGCUGGUGCGGGGAGGCUGGCUCUACCUCAUCAGCCCUGGCAUGACAUCGAGCCGUUCGCGUACGUGAUCCUCUUCCUCGUGUUCAGUCGACCUGAAGGACCGAAUGGCCCGAAAGCCAUGUCGGACCAGGCCAAAAAAAUCUGGUCAGGUUGGGACAAGGGAGUCGGCGCCGUCUUGGCCAAGACUUCGCUCUUCCUCUGCCGACCCAGGCUGCAAAAGAUACUCGAUCGCUACGAAACGUUCUGGACCGGUGUUUCCGACCUGGUCGGGAUCGUCGUCCGCUCUUGCGGAUUGAUGGACCCGCGUUCAUGCAAUCUGGUCAUGGAAGAAGAAGCGCAGGUGGAAGACCAGUGGGAGCGGGGUCGAAUCUCUCACAAUCAAUUCAUUGCUGAGGUGUCCGCCUUCAUCAACAAGCCUUCGACUGGGAGUGCCUGCAUAUGA